CGAUAUGAGUGCGCUCGCGCUUAGCCCUGUCAGGUUAUGCCGCUUCUUAUUGGUACAGUAAAUCCCGCACUCAGAGCCGCGGAAAGCCUAAACUUCGAAUUCCAUUAUUCGUCUCGGCCUCCUCCAGAUUCGAUCAUGGAAUAAAAAAAUGAGCGAUCCUCUCAGCGUUGCUGCCAGCGUGGUUGGCAUUACCGCUCCAGCUGUACACGGUAUAAGACUGCUUAUAGACGACCUGCAGCAGCUCAGAGAUGCGCCAGAGGUGGUCCAACGCUUGAAGGACGAUUUGUGGACUGUAAAUACGGCGAUUACUUCGCUCCAAGCUGUGGAAGACCGAGAGUGGAAACCACUUGGUGCAAGUAUAGCCGAGAACUCGAAGACGACUAUUAGUACCUGUCUAAGAUCAUGCGACUUGUUUCGGGCCGACCUCCAGCGCUGGACCAGACAUUCAAGGGACGGAAAAUUGACGGGCAGGAUCGAACGAAUGAAGGCUAUGUCAGAGCAGCUCCAAAGCUGCAAGAUGACAAUCAGUUCCGUCGUCAGUAUAGCAAAGUUAUAUAGCUCUGUUCGCCACAGCCAUAUUACGGAAGAGAUUCUGAACACGAUAAGUAUGAGACGGAAUGAGAUUACAAGAGCCGUUGUGGCAGCAGAUGAUCAAAUGGUGGCAUUGAGAAACAGGCGAGAGGAGCUUAACCUUGAUAGCGUCGAUCGAGAGCAGGCCGAAGGUACGGAAAGCAAAGCUGAGGCACUACAACAAGUCGAGGAGCAAUGUGAAGCGCUAAAUUUAUCACGAAAGCUGCUAGAUGAGCUGCUGACCAAGUCACGAGAAGAAGCUAUCAUAAAAUCUUCUACAGAGAGCCAGAGCCGAUCAAACACCGUGACAUUCGGCAGUCAGAACUCAGGCUUUCAAUCUGGCAUCAUGUAUGGCUCGGUUAGUGGUAUCAGCUUUGCAGGAAAGUAACCAUACGAGUUUUGUAUUUUAACGCCUAUACAGUUUAUUCCUUUAUCUUUCAUAACAAACCCUCGUUGUAUCAGCCACUAUUAUGCUCAAACAGAUCAGUGCUCUCAAAUGUGCAACUAAGAGGCACAUUAUUCUGUACUUAAGGCUUCCCUUGAAUCUUUGGAAAGAGGUCUUCAAAGACACUCAC